AUGGCGACAGAUGAGCAAGGGUUUACUGACGCUGCCAACAACAACAACCAAAAUGGAGACGCAUUACCGGAAGGGAGUAAAGCGACUGACAUGCAAAAUGAGUAUUUGACUCGUUACCAGACAGCUUCGAGCGUGGUUAUUCCCAGAGACGUCUUCGAGUCAAUGUACCUCUCUCCAUAUACACAGAGACUCGGACACCUACGCAGCACGUUUGGAAACCCAACGCCUAUGCCAUUGAUGGGUUUCUUGAUCGCGUCUAUGCCGUUAGGAUGUAAUCUGAUGGGCUGGCGAGGUUCCGGCGGCGAUGGAGCAGCCAUAAUAGGACUCUUUUUCUUCUUUGGUGGAAUGCUCCAAAUCCUUGGAUGUAUCUUGGAAUGGAUCAUCGGCAAUACCUUUCCAUUCGUUGUCUUCGCUUGCUACGGUGCGUUUUGGCUGGCGAUGGGAGUAACGCUCCAGCCCGCGUUCAACGCACAAGCCUAUUACACCUCACAGCCCGGAGGAACUGCACAGUUUUACUCGAGUUUCUCGUUCUUCUGGAUGGUGAUGGCCCUUGUCACCUUCUUCUUCCUCAUCGGCUCUCUCCGGACUAAUGUCGUAUUCGUCCUGGUCUUCCUCUUCAUCGAUCUUGCUUUCAUUAUGUUGAUGGCUACAUACUGGUCCGCCGCCGAAGACUUUCCGCUGCGGCUGCCGACAGGAGAUCUGAGUACGAUAUUCAAGGGUGCGUCGGAAAGAAACAAGCCGGAGCCCAAUGCCCUCCAACGCACCUCCAACCCCGAAGGCCACACCGCCAAUGUCACCGCCUGGUCGUCUGCCCUGACGCGCGCCACAGUCGCGGGACAAAUCCCCCACGGUCAACACCAUUUGAUUCUGCAGACGAGCGACGAACUUCUCAAUGCGCUGGCGAGUCCUACGUACGGUAGGCCCAGCGGGCUCGGGAGUGUGGUGGACGAAUGUGUACGGCAGGGGAAGAUGAUUGAUCUACAAGACUUUCUCGGCUCAGAGAAGAGCAUAUACUCCAGAGGUUGGAUCCCGAGUCCGUGGGCCAUUCUGCGCUGGGGCUUACAAAAGGCUGGAAUGUCGUGGAGCAGUGGGAGCUUCGACGUGAGCGGCGGCAGGUUAAAGGCUGGAAACCUCGCGUUGGUUCCAGCGUUAGAAGAGGUCUGGAAGAGAUUGUCUGCUGCAAGGGAAAAAGACACAAAAGCACAGACUCUGACUGAUAGAGUCAUGACGCGGGAAACAUUCCUGAAAGACGUUAACGAUGUGCUCAACCAGGCCGGUGAGAUGACAGGGUCGCUGUCGAGUCAAGACCUGGAAGUGUUGCUCCGCUACCUCUCCCGUGACAAACAAGUUCUGUCGUAUGACGGCAGCACCGUCAAAUUCAAACCGCCGUCAUCUACAGCCAUACCUGAGCCGAUCACCCAAGAAGAUCGGUCAAUCGCAUCUCUGAAAUCGCUUAUCGAAGACGUCCACCAAAAGUCCGCGACCCUGUCCGCUCGCAUCACGGUGCUGCAAGAUCAAGCCUCGACUGCCGUGAAAACCGGCAACAAGGCCAGCGCCCUAUCGGCCCUUCGCUCGAAGAAACUCGCCGAGCGGGCGCUCCAGCAGCGUCUAGACACCCUACAUCAGCUGGAAGAGAUCUACACCAAGAUCGAAUCCGCCGUGGACCAAGUCGAGAUCCUCGCUGUGAUGGAAUCGUCCGCAUCGGUGCUAAAGACGCUCAACAAGCGCGUCGGAGGAGUCGAGCGCGUAGAGGACGUCCUGGAGAGCUUGAGAGAGGAAGUCGGCAAAGUUGACGAAUUUUCCACGGUCCUAGCAGAGCCGGUGGAUUCGAAGGCCGUCCUCGACGAGGACGAAGUGGAUGAGGAAUUUGAAGCGAUGGAGAGAGAGGAGCGCGAGAAGACGAAGAAGAUCGAGGAAGAAAAGACCAGGCAGAAGUUACAGGAGCUUGAUGCCCUCGAGCAGCUGCGCAGAGAGCGGGAAAAGGAGAGUCAAAAAGAAAGGGAAAGGCAAAAGCAAGAGCAAGGCGAUGACCUCGAAAUCAAGCAACAAGACCACGCCCAAGACAAAGAGUCGGAAGCGGCCCUGUUAUCGUCGAGCAUCGAGAAAAUGCAGAGACUAGAACUCGAUGAACGGACAGGGGACGACACGCAAAGAGACGGGCAUCCAGAGAAGAUCGCCCAAGAAGCAUCCUAG